GUUUUAAUAGUAGUUUUAGCAAAGUUUAUUUCAAAAUUGCUCCAAUUUUCAAACGAAUAUUGAAUUUUCAAACCAAUAUUGCAUUUUCAAAGCAAUAGUGCUUCUUUUCGAUCGAUUGUACUAAUGGUGAACUUGAAGUUGUUUUCUGGCUGAAAUAUUAUUGACAGUGUGACUGGUCGUAAUACUUGGUUGUCAGAGAAACUCAUUUGUCUUGUCUAAUUGUGGAAUUUGACCUCCAAAGCAGUUAGAGGCGGAAGCUCAAGAUGAUGAAGCCUCCUUCAGCUGAAUAUUACCUGUUUGACAUCAGUAUCUACGCGUAUUCUUCACUUUAUCUCGUGCUAUUGCACUUUUUCAACUUCAAGCCUCUGGUUUUGGCAGCUGCGGACAACAAACCUUCACAUCUCGAUCUGGGAAUCCAGUUUCUAGCCAAGGGACAAAUCAGUGAAGCAUUGCAACAGUUCCACUCGGCAAUAGAUGAGAAGCCGGAUGAUUUCAUGGCCCACUACAGGAGGGCCACAGCCUAUCUCGCUCUGGGGAAAGGAAAGGCAGCAUUGGAGGAUUUGGAUGUAGUGCUGACUCUAAGACCGGAUUUCCAGGCUGCCAGAACUCAGCGUGUGAACAUAUUGACUAAAUAUGGACGCUUUGACGACGGUAUUUUGGAACUGGAGAAAAUUCAAAAAGGCGGAGGUAAAGCUGGAAGUGAUGAAGAAAUUCUGCCUAAAAUUGAGGAGUUGAAAAAACUAAAAGCCUCUGCAAUUGAAGCUGAAGAACUUUUUGAACACGACGAAGAUUACCAAGGUGCACUUAACUUACUGGACCCUCUAAUCGAGGCAUGUCCCUGGAACUCUGAAUUCAGAACUGUGCGUGGUGAUGCUUUGAUCAAAGUAGGCGAACUGUCCAAGGCAGUGUUCGAUCUGAAGCAGCUGACUAAAUUGAUUAACGACAACACGGAGGGAUUCCUGAAGCUGAGUCUGCUGUAUUAUCAGAUGGGGGAGGAUGAGCAGAGCUUGGCUGAAAUUAGAGAGUGCCUUAAACUUGACCAGGAUCACAAACAGUGCUUCGCGCAUUAUAAAAAAGUAAAGAGAUUGAACAAGCAAUUGAACGAAGCUCAGGAACUCAUCAACCAAAACAACUUCGCCGACUGCAUUCCCAAACUCAAUUCAGCUCUGAAAACAGAACCCACAGUAGAAGCAUUCAAGCUCAAAGUAGCCCCUAAAAAGUGCAAAUGUCUCUCGAAGAGUAAAGCUUCGAAGGAGGCCAUCAAGUUUUGCAGUGAGGCUCUAGAGACCAUACCGGAUGACGAAGAGGUGCUAAUUGACAGAGCCGAAGCUUACUUAGUCGAAGAGGAGUAUGAAAAAGCCAUUCAGGAUUACGAGACUGCAAUCAAGAACAACGAGGAGUCCAGGAGACUGAAUGAUGGUCUGAAAAGGGCGAAGAAGCUGUUAAAGCAGUCGAAGAAGAGAGACUACUAUAAGAUACUGGGACUGAAGAGGACAGCCACUAAGCAGGAGAUCAACAAGGCAUACAGAAAGCUAGCCCAGCUACACCACCCUGACAGACACGAAGGACCGGAUAAAGAGGAAGCGGAGAAGAAGUUCAUGGACAUCGCGGCUGCGAAAGAGGUGCUGAGUGACCCCGAGAAGAGAGAGAAGUUCGACAACGGGGAAGACCCACUUGACCCCGAAGAACAGGCCAGCCAGGGAGGUCACGGACACCCGUUCCAGGGAGGAUUCCCCUUCAACUUCCAGCAGGGUGGAAACUUCCAGUUCAAGUUCAAAUUCUGAUCCUGAAAAUAGAGAAUCAAUCCACGCGCAGAUUGCCUUAAUGAUCCUUAGUCCCUUCCUUGUUGAAAAAGAUCUCAUUGAUAAGUGCAGUUUACGACUGAAUAUUCAUUCCUUCAUAGGGGUUUCGCUGUUGUGUUGUAUAUCUUAUAAGGAGUUCUCAUAAAGUUAUUUAGGAAAAGCUGUGAAAUAAGCAGUGAAUAAAUCGUUAUUUAGUGCGAAACAUGGAGAUUGGUGAUAUAAGUAUUAUGUACUUUUAUGUUUAAAUUUCAUAUUCUACUUUGAGUUUAGUUUUUGAAAAGCUACGCCUGAUGCAACAGUUUUCCGUCGUUGAAGUCCAUUA